CCGACAUAUAUCAACAAAAAUACGAGCUAAAUAAAUACUUUAAUUAAAAAAACAUCACACGUUUAUUAUUCUGCAUAGAAAAUGAGUCUCAUCUUUUGUAAUUGAAAUCUAUCCGUUACUUUAUCAAUGGAAUUAGAAACAAAUGGUGCAUAGCGUACUGAAAGAAGAAGAAGACGACAGAUGCGUGUAAAGGAAGUCAGAUACCAACUUCCUGUCCUCUCAUUGCACAACCACCAAAAUUCACCGUCGUCUCAGAUUUUCCUGACAAUUCUCCAACUACAUCAUCAUUUUAUUCAUACGUAAGAAAAUGAGGAUUGGAUGUGUUUGGGAAACAUUGGCAUGCCUCACCGCUGCAAUAAUGGUCCUGAAUAGCUGCACGACGGCCGCCGGCGAAGUGACGACGUGUUCUGGAAUUGUACCGAUGGUGUACAGGAACGAUAAAAUAUCGAUAACGGAUUUUGGUGGAAUUGGAGAUGGUAGAACGUUGAACACGAAAGCAUUCAAUGAAGCGAUUUACAGGAUUAAGCAUUUGAGGAGGAGAGGAGGGACGCUGUUAUACAUACCUCCAGGAGUUUAUCUCACACAGAGCUUCAACCUAACCAGUCGCAUGACUUUGUAUUUGGCCAAAGGUGCUGUUAUCAAAGCCACACAGAACACUGCAAACUGGCCUUUAAUCGCCCCUUUGGCAUCUUAUGGAAGAGGGCGAGAGCGUCCUGGAGGAAGAUAUAUAAGCUUUAUCCAUGGCGAAGGCCUCCAUGACGUAAUCAUCACCGGUGAAAAUGGCACAAUCGAUGGGCAAGGUGGGGUGUGGUGGAACAUGUGGAGACAACGAACCUUGCAAUUCACUAGACCAAAUCUCAUCGAGUUCAAGGACUCUAGAGGCAUCAUCAUCUCUAAUGUCAUCUUCAAAAACUCACCCUUUUGGAAUAUUCAUCCUGUUUACUGCAGCAAUGUUGUUAUUCGGCAUGUGACCAUAUUAGCUCCACCCGACUCUCCAAACACGGAUGGAAUUGAUCCAGAUUCAAGCUCCCAUGUCUGCAUUGAGGAUUCCUACAUCUCAACAGGAGAUGAUCUAGUGGCUGUAAAAAGCGGAUGGGAUCAGUACGGAAUUAAAUACGCUCGUCCCAGUAACGAUAUCACGAUCCGCCGACUCACCGGAUCCUCUCCCUUCGCUGGAAUUGCAAUUGGAAGUGAAACAUCUGGUGGGGUGUAUAAUGUGUUGGCAGAGCAUAUAACUCUUAAAAACAUGGGAAUUGGAAUCCAUCUAAAGACAAACAUCGGUAGAGGUGGAAUUAUAAGAAACAUCACUGUUUCUGACGUUUAUAUGGUCAAUGUUCGCAAGGGAAUCAAGAUUUCCGCUGAUGUGGGUGAUCAUCCGGAUAAAAAUUACAACCCGAAUGCCCUACCCGUUUUAAAGCAUGUCAGGAUCAAAAAUGUGUGGGGAAAAAAGGUCCAACAGGCCGGUUUAAUACAUGGUUUGAAGAACUCACCAUUUACAGAUAUUUGCCUCUCUAAUAUCAAUCUCCAAGGCCCUAUAAUUAGUACCAGAAAUGUUCCAUGGAAAUGCUCUUAUGUUAGCGGAGGUGCUAUUCAUGUUAACCCGUCGCCUUGUUUAGAGCUUAUCCGUACAAGAUAUAAAUGUCGUUGACCAUGAAAGGUUGAAAAAUGAAAUCGAAAGAAAAUACGAAUUUGAAUUGAUGCCAAAUUCAAACUGAUUAUCACAUUGAAAUAACCUGCAUAGGUUUUUAUUCAUCUAAAUAUGCUACAUCUCUCAUGGAUGCAAAAAAGUAAAGGAUUGUUGUAUACAAGUGAUUACAUCAUAUAAUAAUUCAAACAUGCUUUUAACGUUUUGUAAUCUAAUUGAUAAGCAUUUAUAUAAUACACACGCAAGUGAUACAUACCUCGAUCAUCGAGGAUUCAUCAAUCAAAAGUGUGCUUCAGAAACUUGCCGAUGCGCCUCAUGAAACUGCCUUUGUGUUCUCUCUUCUCCUUAUGGUGGCGUGAAGAAGUAACCAUAUUCUCGCGGUCGAACAUGAACUUUGGCACGAAUUCUUCAUCUCUGUCAUGGUGGUGGUGGUGGUGGCGGCCGUACUUGUGCUUGAACUCCAGCCAUUCUGUCGGAACCUUAUCGCCUAAUGCUUUCGGAUCGAAAGUGUAGCUCUUGCUAGAUAGGAUCAUAUCGUUUCCGUACGACGUUUUUGUCUGAGGGAGCAUGAACGUCUUCUGAAAUUUCCGGCAUGGAUGACGUCGGACAAACCUGAGUGGGAUCCGAGAA